AUGCGGCAGGGUAUGUAUCCCUCACCGCUGGGUAACCCUCGUGAUAGUUUUUGGUAUCCGUCUUAUCCACGACAAAUGCCAUAUCCCACAGCUACACCGCCGUAUUCUACGAACUCCUUUACAAAUCCUAUUACCAACUUCAGUCCGUCGAUCACGCAAUUCUCCUCCGACGAAGACUUCUACCAAAAAUCGUUGGCGUUGCGAAUGUCAUGCCAGCCAACUGCAUCGGCGAACAUCGCAAAUCUGAACUAUCCGCAGAGUUAA